AUGGAUGGCGCUGAAGACUUGCUGAAGCGAGAGCUUGGAACCAAGACACUCCGGAACCUAGGAAAGGCUGGUGGCGGGUGCAUAAAUAAAGGAUCGAGUUAUGAAACAGACGAUGGGAUUAUUUUUGUUAAAUUUAAUGCGAAACCAGAGGCGUUACGUAUGUUCGAGGGAGAGUUUGCCAGCCUUGAAGCACUAAGAGAAACUGGCCAGGUGACUGUUCCUAAGCCUGUCAAGGUGAUGAGAAAUCCAAAUGGGGGAGCUAUUCUGGUGUUGGAAUACUUUGAUAUUCAAGGACUAUCUAAAUAUGCUGCCAAACUAGGGGAGCAGAUGGCAAGACUUCAUCUGCAUAAUGCAGAACUUGGUAAAUUAGCCAAGAAGUCAGAGCAGUCGAUUCACUUACAGGGACAGUACUCUAGCUAUGUGGACAAAUUUGGGUUCCCAAUCGUAACUUGCUGUGGUUAUAUCCCUCAGGAAAAUGGAUGGAUGGAAUCUUGGGUGGAUUUCUUUGCUAGAAAAAUAGAACAGCAUGUUAAUCUAGCAGAAGAGAAGUACAACGACCGAGAGGCCAGGCCAAUUUGGUCAUCACUUGCUCCGAACAUACAUAAAAUGUUUAAAGAUAUUGAGAUUCAGCCAGCACUUCUGCACGGUGAUUUAUGGGGCGGAAAUGUAGGGGAGAUAACCGAAGGACCAGUGAUCUUUGACCCAGCAUCCUUCUACGGCCACAACGAGUAUGAAAUGGCAAUCUCCAGCAUGUUCGGGGGGUUCAGCAAGGCAUAUUACACCAGUUACUAUCAGGUGAACCCCAAACAGCCGGGAUAUGAUGAGAGGCAGGACCUCUACCAGAUGUUUCAUUACUUUAAUCAUUGGAAUCAUUUUGGUGGUGGCUAUAAAACAUCGACAUUGAGAGUGAUGAAAACUUUGGCCAAGAAAUAUGCAUGA